CCGCGUGUCAGCCGCAUCUCCCCUGCACUGUCGGAGGCAGCGGAUCGCGACCUCCCUGGUACCACCGGGCGCGGAGCCCGCAUCGUCUCUGCCAGGCCUGGUGACGGCCUGAGUACGCAGGAGAUCCGGGAAUCGAGAUCACUCGCACGGCCUGGGGAUGGAGAAGGAAAAAAGGAUUCCACCGAACAGCACAGCGUGAGCCCGGGACAGGGAGGAGAGCGGAGACUCCGCCUGGCACCGGGAAAGGUGAGGUGUACGGAGCUUCCUGGGCCGGGCGUGAACAGCAGAAUUCCUGGCCUCACCACCAGCAGCCGCGAUCUCGGCUCUGCCUGCUCGCUGGAGCACGGUCAGCUUUAGUUUCCAGAGCUCCACUGGCCAAGCUCUGGAAGAGCAUCGGUGCCCUCACCCGAGACCGACCCGGGGUCCAAGAAACAGUAUCUGGCCUGGCCCAAAGUUGGAUCUCUGGUGGCCCGGAGCCGAUCACUGGGGAGCCUGCCUCCUGCUCCAGCCCUCCUGGUGCGGAUGUGCCGCUGCCCUUCGGAGCACCAUGAAGGCAGGAUGACCUCAGCCGAAGCAGUAGCGGUGACUGGAAGCGCCCUGGUGGCUGGAUCCCCCGAGUGGCGCCCUGGCAGCCCCCGAGUCCUCAGGCGGCCUGGCAGGGCCCGGGUGGCCGUGGCAGCGCUGGUGUGGCUGUUGGCAGGAGCCAGCAUGUCAAGCCUGAACAAGUGGAUCUUCACGGUGCAUGGCUUCGGGCGGCCCCUGCUGCUGUCGGCCCUGCACAUGCUAGCGGCCGCACUGGCCUGCCACUGGGGGGCCCGGCGCCCCGUGCCACACACCACCCGUCGCCAAGUGUUGCUGCUCAGCCUCACCUUCGGCACCUCAAUGGCCUGUGGCAAUGUGGGCCUAAGCACUGUGCCCUUGGACCUGGCGCAGUUGGCCACCACCACCACUCCCCUGUUCACUCUGGCCCUGUCUGCUCUGCUGCUUGGCCGUCGCCAUCACCCACUGCAGUUUGCUGCCAUGGGCCCGCUCUGCCUGGGGGCUGCCUGCAGCCUGGCCGGAGAACUCCAGGCACCCCCUGCAGGCUGUGGCUUCUUGCUGGUGGCCACCUGCCUCCGAGGCCUCAAGUCCGUUCAGCAGAGUGCCCUACUACAGGAGGAGAGGCUGGAUGCUGUGACCUUGCUGUACGCCACCUCGAUGCCCAGCUUCUGCCUGCUGGCGGGUGCCACUCUGGUGCUGGAGGCUGGCGUGGCCCUGCCACCUGCGCCCACCGACUCCCGCCUCUGGACCUGUGUCCUGCUCAGCUGCGUCUUGUCUGUGGUCUAUAACCUGGCCAGUUUUUCCUUGCUGGCCCUCACCUCUGCUCUCACUGUUCAUGUGCUGGGCAACCUCACCAUUAUAGGCAACCUCAUCUUGUCCCGGCUCCUGUUCGGCAGCCACCUCAGCGCCCUCAGCUACAUGGGCAUCGCCCUUACCCUUUCAGGAAUGUUCCUGUACCACAACUGCGAGUUGGUGGCUUCAUGGGCUGUCCGCCAGGGACUGUGGCAGAGACAGCAGCCUGACAAGGGGCUCUGAGACCCGGGGGAGGUCGUGAGUCCCACCUGGGACAGCCCCAGCCUGAAUCCAACCGUGGCCAAUGACUGUGGGAUCCGUGGAGAGCAGGCAGCUGCUCCUGUGGCCAGGAGAGAUGGGCACCUUCUGGUAGUUCUGCCUGGGAGGCUGGAACAGGCCUUCCUCCCUGCCCGUCUCCCCUUGUCACAGACCCCACCCACCACUGGAUGGUGGGUCCGAACCAGGCACAGUCACUGUGCUUAUCAGAGUAAUUGUUUUCAUUAAUAUCAACUACUAUGCCAAAAUUUGCUGGGCAAACUUUGACAACUUCAACGUGUUACAAUGAUGAUGAAGGUGAUAAUUCUUGACAGUUGCACAAUCCUUCCUCUGGCAGGGAGGGCAGCGGGGAAAGGGCUUCUUCCAGGGAGUGGGGACAGUCUGUGCCAACUCCAGGCAGCUGCUGUCGCCUCCCUCCCAGGCCCCCCAGUUUUGGG